CAGUUUCACUCGGAUAGUGAGCCAUUUGGGAAUUGUGCAUUGAGACGCCACCUUUUACCACAUAAAGACACAAACUGCAGUUCCCAUCAUCAGCUUGAGUAAGACAACACGUAACGAAAGAGAAAAAAAAGUUGAAACAAUCAAUUGAAGCAAUCAAGGACUGCAAAACACAACUAGACAGAGAGAGAGAGGAGAUCGAAAAAUAUUAGUUCUUCAUACCAAAAGGGCAAUUUCAUAAUCCGAAUUGAGGUUGAACAUGACGAUGAAGAGGCCUUUGCAGUGUAUGUUGAGAAGGAUUUACACGAGAGGAGGAAGCUUUAGAAGUUUUAGAAGUUUUAGUGCACUUCCUGAAGGCAGCACCACAACUUCCCCUUCUCAAAAUCUCAUCAACUUGGAGUAUGAGUGCAGUGCCCACAAUUACCAUCCGAUUCCUAUUGUCUUUUCUAAAGCUAAGGGUUCAUCCAUCUGGGAUCCUGAAGGGAAAAAGUAUCUUGAUUUCCUCUCAGCUUAUUCUGCUGUCAAUCAGGGACACUGUCAUCCAAAGAUCAUGAAAGCUUUAGCAGAACAGGCUCAAACGCUCACUCUUAGUUCUCGUGCCUUCUAUAAUGAUAAGUUUCCAGUAUUUGCAGAAUAUAUAACCAGCAUGUUUGGAUAUGAUAUGGUGCUACCUAUGAACACUGGUGCAGAAGGAGUAGAAACAGCUCUUAAGCUGGCAAGGAAAUGGGGUUCCAUGAAGAAAAGAAUACCAAAAAAUGAGGUAAAGAAAAUAUACCAUCCUGUUGAUACUUCAUGCAUUUGGUGUAUGUCAGGAGGUCGUACUUUAGCAACUUCCCAGUAGUUUGCCUAAUUACUU